GAUGUCUCCAUUCUGUUUUCUUUUCCUUUUUUUAUUUUUUCUUCUUAUUUCUGUUUAUGUUUUUCUCUUUUAAAUUCAACGGAAAAAAAAUCCAAAUUUUAAAAGGUUGUGAGUUGAAUUUUUUAUAGAAAUCGUAAAAUGUUCGCGAACUCAGAAAAUGGUAGAGAAAUCAUAAAAUAAAUAAGAUUAAGAAACUGUUUGCAUAGUAUAAAAACAUUAUUUCAAAACAAAUAUUCAUGAUUUUUAAAAGGUGAUCGUGAAUUCAAAACAUAUUCAACAAUUUGAAAAUUAUGUCCAUAAAAUUUUAGAAAAUGUUUGCAAAAAUUCAAACAGAUACGUAAAUAACGAAAAGACGAACCAUCACUUAAAUAUUUUUUAGGGGAUACAUAGAGGUUGUUUUAUGAUUUUAUUUAGUCCAUGACGCAUCGGUUAAAAAUGGGUUUUUGUGUUCUAUACAAUGCUUGCUCCCAGAAAAAUUGACACAACUUUCUAUGGCGCAAUGCUAGGUCAAGAUGAGACGUAGUUUAUGACAUGACAUUUUAAAAGUCCUUAUCUCAUCCUGACAUAGUCUAAUUGUUUUUCCCCAUUGCAACGCAUGGGCAUAUUUGCUAUAUCUCUACCUAAUAGAGGAUAAGCGGCAACACAAAUAUGAUAUCUCGCGAAAAUAAAGGAGAUGGACCUAUUGUGAUCUUGAGUGAUGGUUGUUGGGUUAAGAGCAUGUGUUAUGUUUUCUCUUCCGUUGCAACGCACGGGCUCUUUUGCUAGUAAAUAAUAUGUUUGCAGGUUGAUACAUCCUUGACAGGAACCUCUUCGCGCGCUACCCCGCCCCUGAGAGAAUGCAGCUCUGGAGCCGUCCUGCCAAGACACUGCCUAUUGAGCUCAAUGGACAAGCCAUAGUAGACAGCCUUACUGAAAUUAAUAAGAGAAGGGUGUGGGCUAGUAGAAUGGUAAGGGAUGACGAACUGUACAUAGUACACGUUCAGGGCAUUGCUGGCGUCAGUCUCCCGACUACGCUGGUCGUCAAGAAGUUCCAGAAUGAGAACCCAGCACUGCAGGUGGACGGCAAUGUCACGUACCGCUACAAGUCGGAGAUGAUCCUCUUAGCCAGCAAUUCUCACGACAACAUCAUCAAAGUCGUAGACCUCAUCCAGUGGGAAGACGCCAUCAUGCUUGUCUAUGAGUAUCCGGUGAAUGGCAGCCUUCAAUCCUGGCUGCACCAACCCAUGGAUGUUGUUCGGACGCUGAGCUGGCCACAGAGGAGGGUCAUUGCCAUCGGCAUGGCCAAAGGGAUCUACCACAUGCAUUACAGAUGCAAAAAGCCGAUUAUCCACCACAACAUCAACUCGAACAACAUCUUGCUUGAUCAGAAUUUCAAGCCCGUGAUAGCCAGUUUUGACGCUGCACAGAUGAACAUGGCCGGGCUCGACCAACCGUUGCCAAUUGCGGGCCUGCCUCUAGGGAACUUUGGUUACUCAGCUCCAGAAUAUGGGGUCGCAGCAAGGGAGCUGACGGAGAAGGUUGACACAUACAGCUUUGGGGUGUUCAUGCUGGAGCUCGUCACGGGGCGGAUGGCCAAUGAAGCUGGAGCGGAUGGUCAUUUGGCGACUUGGGCGCGAAACAACUUCACUAAACUGAUGGCAAACCAACAGGAAAUGUUCCAGAGUGCCGUGGACAGGGACAUCCCAGAUCAAGCGCCGUACAUGGAGGAGAUGGCAACUGUGUUCAUGCUGGGCGUGGAUUGCACCGUUGGGAAUCCGCAGCAAAGGCCGUCCAUGCGGAUGGCUCUCAAACGACUCCGCCACGGCUGUGGGCGUGGCCCAUUCCGUGGACUCCUCACCUGCUAUCUGCUGUGAUGCUUGUUGUCUGUUCUAGAAAGAUCACGUCAUGAAUGAAUUGUUCA